GGCGGGUGGACGGGGCGAUGCGGUGGUUCCAGGGCGCCAUUCCGGCCGCCAUUGCGGCGGCCAAGCGGAGCGGCGCGGUCUUCGUCGUGUUCGUGGCAGGUGAUGAUGAGCAGUCCGUCCAGAUGGCUGCAAGGUGGGAAGAUGAGAAGGUGGCCGAAGCAUCUGCAGACAGUUUUAUUGCUAUUAAAAUUGAUACCCAAAGUGAAGCGUGUCUACAGUUCUCCCAAAUCUAUCCUGUAGUCUGUGUGCCAUCCAGUUUCUUCAUAGGAGACAGUGGGAUCCCAUUGGAAGUGAUAGCUGGGAGCGUCACAGCGGAGGAGCUUAUUAGCAGAAUUCACAAAGUCACACAGAUGCACAGACUAAAGAACGAUGCGACAUUUGCAGCUGACGGCCAACCGCCAGACUCUGUGUCAUCCCCGCGUUCUUCUGACGGACCCACCGGCGUGAAGGAAAGCCCGCAAGCCCUGUCUGAAGAGCACUGUGAGCCCUCCACAUCUAUCACUAUCAAACAGGAGGUCUCUCUCAGUGGAGACACCUCAGGCCCCGCCAGCCCAUCUCAGGAAGCUCACAUCCAGUCCCAGGAAAGUGGUAUGGGACGCCCGCCCGCAGAUGACCUCACAGAUAAAGUGGAAAGAAUAACCAAGAAACUCGAAGAAAGACGAGAAGAGAAGAGGAAAGAGGAAGAACAGAAGGAGAUCCAGAAGGAAAUUGAUCGAAGGAAGACAGGGAAAGAAAUGUUAGACUACAAGAGAAAGCAAGAGGAGGAGUUGACCAAGAGACUGUUGGAAGAGAGGAGCCGAGAGAAGGCAGAGGACAAGGCAGCAAGGGAGCGCAUAAAGCGACAGAUUGCAAUGGAUCGCGCUGAGAGAGCAGCUCGCUUCGCCAAGACGAGGGAAGAAGCAGAAGCUGCCAAAGCCGCUGCUCUUCAGGCCCGACAGGCCGAGAUGGAAGCUAAGAAAGAGCCGCGACCACGGGAGCGAAGCACUGUCGCGAGGAUUCAGUUCCGCCUUCCUGAUGGGUCUUCCUUCACUAACCAGUUCCCCGCCACGGUACCUCUCGAAGACGUACGGCAGUUUGCCGCCCAGGCGGUGGGCACCACUUACGGCAACUUCUCACUGGCCACAGUGUUCCCGCGGAGGGAGUUCACCCAGGAGGAUUAUGGGAGGAACCUUUCAGACCUGGAGCUGGCUCCGAGUGCUUCUGUGGUGCUGGUGCCGGCCGGGAGGACUGCUGUAGCUGCCUCCACAUCCUCGGGAGGAGACCUGUGGGCGUUCCUGGGGACAAUACUCUACCCACUCAUCGCGGUGUGGCGGAUCAUCAGCAACUUUCUCUUUGCCAGUCCUCCCCCUGCCCAGGCCGCGGCCAGACCGGCACCCCAGAUGGCGGCACCAUCAACCCCUGCCGUGGCCAGCGGCUCAGACCCCAGGGAAGCGGUGCGCAGGCGAGUGCCGGACAAGCACGGGGAGGACUUCAAGAAGGAGGGAAAGGUCUACAGGCUGAGGACGCAGGACGACGGCGAGGAUGAAAACAACACAUGGAACGGAAAUUCCACCCAGCAAAUGUAGGUUCCCCGCCAGCUGCCUGCCAUAAGCCCUGUGCCUCCUCCUGUUUUAACUCAACUUCACCAGCAGCGCGGCUGGCUGCUGAGGCCUGGUGGGGUUGACCCCCGGCCGCCUUGGCCUGCUGCCGUGGGGAUCGCCCCUCCCGACUCGGGCCUGAGCUCGGCUCACUGCCCACAAGGGGUGGCCAACGGAGGCAAGCAGCCACGCCUUCCUCCCCCGGCAGCUUACAGUCCUGUGUUUCGCCCCUUCUAGCCCAGCCCUAGACAGGCUCCCACCCAAAGCCAUGGGCCUCUGCCAAGCAACAGGUCCUAGUCGACUGGUGGCAACUGCCUCCUCCCUAGCCAAGGCAGAUGGUCAUUUUGUUUAACUCUUCCUCUAUCGCCUCUGCAACUGCAAGCAAAAUCUUGUAGUUUUUAAUCAGUUAUUCAGAAACAAAAUAAAAAAAUCUUUUCCACAACGAUCAAA